AAAGUGGACUGUAUGCUGGACACAAAAUAUAAUUGGCGCAGCUUUUCCGGCGUAAGCGUCUCUUUCUUUUUAUUCUUUGCAAUAAAAAUGCACUGUAUUUUUUCAACCGGAAAACACCUGGACUUAGAUUAACGAAAACAGCAACAACACAAAUUUCAGCGCGGAGCAACCGUUUUCUCAGAGAGAAACCAAGAUUUUUGUGAGCCCCAGAAGUUUAAAUAUUGAGGGAUUUCAUUUUGCAAGGCAUAGAGGUUUACAACAAAAUAUCAUAACUUUUCAGCAAAUAUUACGAAGAAAUGGAGUUCACCAAUAAGGACGAGUAUGAACAAUUCCUAAAAAGUCCAGAUAACAAAGAUAAGCUGAUAGUGAUCGACUUUUAUGCGGAUUGGUGUGGUCCGUGCAGAAAAAUCAAACCAGCUUUCAGGAAACUCGCUGCCAAGUUUACUGAUGUAGUCUUCGCAAAAAUUGAUGUUGACGAAGCUGAAGCCAUAGCCGAGGCGGAAAACGUAGAAGUCAUGCCUACUUUUGUUUUUUACAAGAAUGGAAACAAGUUACAUUCAUUCAGUGGAUCAAACGAAAAGGACUUAGAAGAAAAAAUAAAAGAACUUAAGUAGUAUUCUUUCCUACAUUUAACAAGGACAAAAUUAAAAACUUUCCUUUUCUGUUAUGACAAUAUUUUGACCGAAAGAAUCACUCAUAUAUUGAUUUUAAUGGAACCUAAUGUUGUCGAUGUUAUUGUUGUAACUUUUGUGGAAAUUCGAAACAUGAUUUAUGAUUUAUAUUGAG